AUGAAUAAAAAUAAUAAUAUUAAAAAAAGAGAAAGAGAGGAAGAAGUAGGAGAAGAAGAAGGAAAAAUAAUUGGUGUUUUAUCAAAGAGCGAUAAAAGUAAUAAAAUAAAGAAAAAUAGUAAUAAUAUUGAUUCAAUUAAAGAUUUAAGAGAUUUUAAAAAAUUAAACUAUAACUCUACUAAACUAAAGCAAUUUCAAGAGAUAUCAACAUUUUUGGGUAUUAAAGUAUGUGGUAAGAAUAAAUUAGAGGUGUAUCAAAAUAUAGAGAAGCAUUUAGAGUUUAAAGAGAAAAUUGAAAAAGAUUGCAACCCAGUGGAUGAAACGAAUGCAUUUAAUAAACCACAACCUAGAUUGACCAUCACCGAGAACAUUCAAGUUACAGAGAUCCUCUUUUGGAAGGUUUUUAGAAACAUCUAUAUCUUUAAUAAUAUAUUUAGUAACACCAAUUUUCCAUUCAAGUCAAUCUGCAGUUAUCAGAGAUUAAUUAAUACCAAAGAUAUAGUAGAGUCGUUUAGCAACGGUAUUGAAAUCAUUAGAGAUAAAAUCAAAGCGGCCAAAUACUUUACCUACAAUAGUUUGGAGUUCAUAUACAACAACAUUACCAAAGAGUCCGAAGAGAACAUUCAGUUUUACAACCAGCUAUUCAAAAAUUAUCAAAAUCAUAUCAGUAUCAAUGAAAUCAACAAUAUAGUAAAUCAUAACUAUACACCAAUUGGAGAUAAUAUAGCAAAUAGUCAUUACGAUCCAUCAAUAGAUAACAAUAUUAUUAGUUCCAUUAACAACUAUAAACAUUUAAAAAUGUUAAACUACCUAAUAACAAAUCAAUAUUUCACCAACACAACUGUAUGCAUAAACCUCAAUAAUAUCACUACCACAUCAUCACCAACAUUAAAAAAAUUGAUAAAAAUUAUAAAAAUCAUUAUAAAUUUAAAUUCAUUCAAUUUAACAAUAGAAAGAGAUAUAAAAAAUAAAUAUGAACAUUAUAUUGGUUUAUAUAAAAAUGGAAUUUAUAAUGAUUAUGUUGUAAAUAUUAAUAGAAAUAAUAAUAUCAAUAACAUUAAUAAUAGUAAUAUGGGUAGUAAUAAUAAUAAUAAUAAUAAUAAUAAUAAUAAUAAUAAUAUAAAUAUAAAUUUAGAAAAUAAUAAGUUAUUAUUAAAAGAUAUAGAAUCAUAUAAUUUCACCAAAGAUCAAUUAAAUAGUGAUUUUUUAAAGAUUUUAUCAAUUGUAAAUUUUUUAAACGAUAAAGAUAAAGAUAAAAUUAAUAAUAUAAUAGAUCUGUUCAUCUCAAUAACCAAAGAUAAUAUAUUAUUAUAUACAGAUCAAGUAACAAUAAAUAGUCAUAAAUCAAUAACUAUAAAAAACAUAGAUCAAAUUUUUUUAUUUAAUUAUUUAUAUAAUAAUAUUAGUAAUACAGAUAAAUAUGAAAUAAUUUUAAAUUAUUUUGAAUUAUUUUUAAAAUCAGUAAAUCUAUAUUUAUUAUUAAUUUCAAUAAUAAAAUUAGAUGAUUUUGAAUUAAUAGAAAAAAUACACCAAAAGUAUAGUCAAGAAUUAAAUACAUUAUAUUCAAAUUGUGAUUAUAUAGUAGGCUUGGUAAUAAACUCAAUAAGGUCAACUCAAGUAUUAGAGUUUUAUUUCAUAAACUAUAAGGAAAUAUUUUUCGCAAAUGAAAAUUCAUUUUGGCAAAGUAUAUCAAGUAUGGAUGUUUUAGAGCAUUACGAAACAUUGAUGAAGAGAACCAAUAGAUUCAUGCUUAUCGAUAGUAAUUAUGAAAUGCUAUUUCUUGAAGAUCAAAAUUCAUGUACUCUCAGUUACAAUAAUAAUCCAAUUCUAUUAAAGCUACUUCACAGAUCUCUAAUGUCAUGGCACCAAAACCAAGAGCAACCAACCCUUUACCAAAUUUCAAAGCCAUUCAAAAUCGAAGUAUAUUCAAAAUAUUUAGUAGAGUGUUUAAAAUACAAUACAAAUAGUGCAGAUUUAUUAGUUUCGAUAUUCAACAUAUUCAAUGAAAUAGAUUUCAUUCAAUUAUUAGCAUUAUAUAGAUUAUUUCCAUUUAAAGUACUAUAUUGGGUAUCAAGCAAUUACUCUAGCGAGAAACAGAUAGACUCGUCACCAAAUAGUAGAAUCUACUCAACAGCAAUCAGUGUUUUGAACCCAAUUUAUAAUCAGCGUUCAAUUCAGAUCCAAAUUACAUUUGAGCAAUUAUGCUUUGCUUUUAUAUAUGGUCGUAGAUUCGAGGAGGCUAUUGUGCUCAUACUCCAAUUCGCAAGUGGUAUCAACAUCGAUUUCGUAGUGUUCCCAAAGUUUUUUAAAUCAAGUAUACUUUCAGUCGAAUUCUUUGAACAGAUCAUUCACUUUUACCUAAGAUUACAAGAAAAAGAUGUUUCUGAACCUGAAACUCAAAGAGGUGGGCUUCAACAACAACAAUCAUAUAAAAUAACUUUAAAAUAUCUCAUUGAAAAAAUUUUGAUGGACUCUGCUCAAGAUGGCAACUAUGAUCUCUUUAAAAUGUUUAUUUUUAAAUUUGGUCAUUUAAUAAAGAAAAAAGGUCAACCUCUGCUAUGCAAAUCUAAAAUUAACGAUAUCUUGGAUAUGGCAAUACUUUCAAAUAAUUUAGAAAUUAUCGAAAUUUGGUCUUCAUAUUUUCCAAUGACAAUGUAUUUUUAA